AGAAAGUCAAAGUCAUCCAACGCUUCUCGACCACUUUUCCAAUCCGACGACUUAUGGCCCUGAAUUCCGAGAUGGCAUCGCUUCAAACGCACUCUCCACCUUCCAACUAGUGGAUUGAAUACUAUUAGCGACCACUAGACCUUGCUUAGGACGCUCAACGCCUGCAUGCGGUUCAGGGAACAGCUCAUCGUGAUCCGACAGUGCUUAAGAUUUGAAUUGACCGACUAACUAAAGAUUUAGCUUUUAGCUUCUCGGAUCCAACAAAGUAUCCCAUGCCCACUUCCAGAUUCGCCGUCCAGAUCACGAGGGAGAAGGAAAAAUGAAAACUUGACGACUGUAGAUGCUUCUCGUCCUCGUUCUUAAGGUUAUGUUCUGUCCCACGAGCCUGCUUUUGCGUUUUCGAUGCUUCUAUGCCGGCCUGGAAUCCAGCAAACUGCAGUAAAAAAAGUCACGAGAUUGACACAUGGGCACGCUUCGUUGUGUACACGGUCGUAAUUAAUUAUGCACAUCGAUGUGACUGGAUGAAAGUGCCUGGAUCCGAGGACCCGAGGUUGUAAAAUAUUUGGAGGGGCAUAUCCCAAACUAAUCCAGGUCUCUCUUGAGUGCUGAAUCUCGGAGCUCUUGCUGACCCUUAUAAUCAAAUAGUUCUACUGCAAGUUAAGGAAAUAGGUUAAGGAGAUAUAAAAUUCGGGGACUGCGUUGGCAAAAGUAUUCAAAUCACUCCCACUUCUCAAGCUCUCAGCUUUGGUUUCUGAGCGACCACCCAAGCUUUGACUCCAGUAUCAACCCGUCUCUGCUCCUGGCCAGAGCCUCAAGUGUCAAGAUACAGGUACUUUCAACAAGUCUAUUUCCCAUUAUCAUGGUCCGUUUGGUUGUUUAUGCGCCGGAUAUGGUGAUUAGCUCCGGCUAGACGGUGAUCUCAGAAGGCAGUUGUCUUGAGCACAAGAAGUGAAAAAUGCGGAAACCGAAUGUUCUUGGCAAGUUAGGGACCUGGAGGGCUAUCCCUAAUUUCUUUCUUGUUUUGGGCUGCUUCGGCUUUCUCAUCUAUGUCGCCACUUUGUUCAACUUCUACUCUCUUAGAUCUCUUCAUAUUCCCAAUACCUUUUGCAAUAGCAUCAAUCAAGACAGAGCUGGGACUCAGGUUAGAGCAACCAUCGAAGCGGUUAUUCGCAAAAUCCAGGAUGAAAUCAGCACGGUAGCAUAUAUGUCCGCCAACACGUCGUUGUCGGAGUUCACGUCGCGAUACAGCCACUUUCUUGUGGAUAUCCUGGGGCUUAUUGAGUCGGUGGACGCCUCAUUGCCAUUGGAUCAGGGGACUGGCGAAAUCGGGACUGUCCAUCCUCUGGCAAAGCCGAAGGAGCGAUCUGAUGAGCCGGUCGAUUACUUCCUCAUCGAAGAGAUACGCAAGUACGUGAAGAUUAAGCCCAACAGGUUGGGGAAACAGAACUUUAUGGGAGCAAAUGGGACUUUCACCAGCAUUGGCCAUGCUUGCUUUGCCAUGAAGAAGGAUUUGGAGGAGUACAUGGACUAUGAUGUUGGUGAGAUCUGCAACGAUGAUUGGAAACUAGCUCAGAGGCUCAUGGUCCACGGGUGCGACCUGCUCCCCAGGAGGAGGUGCUUCUCGAGGGCGCCGCAGCUGUACCACAAGCCGUUCCCCAUCAACGAGUCCAUAUGGAAGCUGCCGGACAAUCGCAACGUUCGUUGGGGCGGGUAUCGGUGCAAAAACUUCACUUGUUUGGCGAGGAAUUCUACUGGCAAAGGAUUCUUCAAAUGCUCGGACUGCUUCAAUCUCACCAGUCAUGAAACGCCCAGAUGGGUUACACCCAUUUACUUCGAUCCGAUUACCAAUCUCACUACAGAUUUUGUCAUACCUGAAGUGCUUGCAAUCAAGCCUGGAGAGAUCAGAAUUGGAUUGGAUUUCAGUGUCGGGACCGGGACUUUUGCUGCUAGGAUGAAGGAGUUCAAUGCCACUAUCAUCACGGCGACCAUAAAUCUCGGCGCACCUUUCAAUGAGAUGAUCGCUCUGCGCGGUUUCGUGCCUCUUUACUUGACAGUAAAUCAGCGGCUUCCGUUCUUCGACAAUACCCUCGAUUUGAUCCACACGACGAGGUUCUUGGACGGGUGGAUAGACUUCAUUCUUCUGGACUUUGUGUUGUAUGAUUGGGAUCGAGUGUUGAGGCCUGGUGGCAUUCUUUGGGUAGAUAGCUUCUUCUGCUUGAAGGAGGAUCUGGAUGACUAUUUGGAAUCCUUCAAGAUGCUGAGGUACAAGAGUCAUAAAUGGGUUGUGAUACCAAAGUUGGAUAAAGAUGACAAGGAGGUAUUCUUCUCUGCCGUGCUCGAAAAGCCGCCGAGGCCCUUCCGAUGAAUGCAAGUUCCAAACAUUGCCCCGGUUCAUGUAUGUCCGCCUCGAUCGCUUUGUUUUGUAAGGGAAGAUGUGUUCGGUUUUGCAAUGUUGAAUAUAGAUAGGCCUUUGUAGCUU